AAUGUCCACAGUCAGACAACUUGUCCAACAGAAGCAUCAUGUAAAUAAGAAGAAAGUGGAUGAUGGGAAACUACCGGUGGAGCAGCGGGCUGCAGAUGAAGCAAUGACGGAGCAGAAAGUGAUGACAGGAGAGGCUCUGGACAGGAGGAACAUCUGGGAGCCGAGUGUUUACUUCUCGUUGGGGAACGAGUCGUUUUAUAUCGCAGGUCAUGACAUCAGCAUCCGUGAGUCGAUGGAUACUUUCGGUGCUCUGAUCUGGCCCGGGGCGAUAGCGUUGAGCCAGUUCUUGGAGAAUAACCAGCAGCAAGUGAACCUGAUGGACAAAGCGGUGCUGGAGAUCGGAGCUGGGACCGGCCUGCUCUCAAUAGUGGCCAGUCUGCUCGGUGCUUGGGUGACUGCGACUGACCUGCCAGACAUCUUGUCUAAUCUGACCUUUAACCUUCUGCGGAACACCAAGGGCCGGUCCCGGUACACCCCUCAGGUGUCUGCGCUGACCUGGGCUCAGGACCUGGAGCGAGACUUCCCCUACCCGUCCUACCACUACGACUACGUGCUGGCGGCCGAUGUGGUCUAUCCCCACGGCUGCCUCGAAGAACUGCUGGACACCAUGCGUCACUUCUGCCGACCGGGAAGCCGGACUACACUGCUGUGGGCCAACAAGAUCCGGUUCCCGACAGACUUGAAGUUCGAAGAGUGCUUUAAUAGCAGUUUCAACACCUCGCUGCUCAUUGAGCUCCCGCAGCAGGAGGUGAGGAUAUACAAGGCCACAGCAAAGGAGUGAGCUGGAAAUAUCUUGAGAAGUAAAAAGGUUUGAAUUUAAACUUUAAGGAAACAAAGGGAUUUCCAUUUUCUCUCGAUGAUUUAAAUAUUUAGUUGUGUUUCCAUUCAAUUGUAAAAAAAAAAAAUUCUAAACAUUUGAAAAUCUGCAAAAAAGAAACAGGAAUUAGGUGCAUUGUCAUCACUUUUCUAACUCUAAAGCAUAGUUUAACAGGCUGUAAAGAGAAACCUGGUUUGUUCUACACAUGUGCAAAGAUGACUGCGUUUUGGCAUUCAGUUUGAAUGGUUAGGAUCAGAAAAGCCCAAGAUCUAAACAAACAUAGUUUUCUUUCCAAUGCUGUUUCUGGAGACAAAGACAAAUAAAUAUAUAUUUUUCAGUCACCGGACUUAAAUGUUUACUACAUUAGAAUUUCUUCAUAUCACAUUUAUCUCAAAACAUUUUCAUAAAGACAAAAACCACCACAAACUAGCGUAAAGACUUUUUUGCGCAUUUGAGGGACUUUUAUCGAAAUUGUGUCGUUUCCAUUCAGCUUUUCUACACUUUAAAAUGAGCAUAUAAAUAUUUGAAUGG